AUGGCGGACGCCGCCGCCUGCAGCAUCUGCAUGGAGCCCAUGGCGCCCACGGAGUCCCACCGCGGCGGCAGCGGGUGCGCGCACGCCUUCUGCGGGGCGUGCCUGUCGGGCCACGUCCGCGCCAAGGUCGAUGCCGGCGCCGGCGCGGCCGUGCGGUGCCCGGACGCGUCCUGCGCCGGCGCGCUCGACCCGGAGCUGUGCCACGGCACGCUCCCGGCCGACCUGUUCGUGCGCUGGUGCGCCGCGCUGUGCGAGUCCAUGUUCCUCGGCGCGCGGCGCACCUACUACCUGUUCCGGGACUGCUCGGAGAUGAUGGUGGCCGACGACGAAGACGAAGGGUCCGAGGACUGCGUGACGCAGACGGAGUGCCAGGUGUGCCGGCGUCUGUUCUGCGCGCGGUGCGGCGUGCCGUGGCACGCCGGCGUGAGCUGCGGCGAGUUCCAGCGGCUCGACGUCGGGAGCGCGCGCAGGCGGACCCUGCUGCUCAUGGAGACCGCCCGGGAGUGCAAGUGGAAGCGCUGCCCGCGGUGCCGGUUCUACGUCGAGAAGGCCGUCGGCUGCCUGCACAUCGUAUGCAGGUGUGGCUUUGAGUUCUGCUACGGAUGUGGGAAGCCGUGGGCACUAAUACACGAUGGCUGCCCUGGAGAAUGAAGAAUAAUGUUUCUCUCGGCAAUUUUUUAACCUGCGGUUAGUGUGUCCAUUCUAAUCGAAGCAGGCCAGGUAAUGCAACCUUGAGUUUCAUGGGAGGAGAUUUCAGAGACUUGUCAAUUACUACUAUGGAUAGCCAUGUCAAACCUUAUUUGCUCGCUAUGGAUGUUGAACGACAAUUCUAGCACUAAAUAUUUAGCGACAUGUGUGCUAACU